ACAUUUUUGUCAGCAGCAGAUUUUUUUGGUGGUAAAUAAUUUUCGUUGAUUUAUUUAUGGUGCAAUAUUAAUGUCAACAACAAAGUAAACGUAAUUACAGGUGUUGUGCCUGCUAAAAGUCUCGGCGAAAAACAACAAUUUAAUAACUAAAUAUCAACUGCGCAAUAUCUUUAUAAAAACGUUCGUGACGUGAACAACAUUGUGAAGCGUUGUUGUUGUCGGUGCAAGUGUUGUUACUGCUGCAAUCAUCAUCAUCAUGGAGGAUCGCAUGAUGGCCCACACCGGUGGCAUGAUGGCACCCCAGGGCUACGGUCUGCCUGGCCAGGACGAUGGCCAAAAUGCCGGCAAUGAGAACGAGGUGCGCAAGCAGAAGGACAUUGGAGAAAUAUUGCAACAGAUCAUGAGCAUCUCGGAGCAAUCGCUGGACGAGGCGCAGGCCAGGAAGCACACACUCAACUGUCAUCGCAUGAAGCCAGCUCUGUUCUCCGUGCUCUGCGAGAUUAAAGAGAAGACCGUGCUGUCGAUUCGCAACACGCAAGAGGAGGAGCCCCCAGAUCCGCAAUUGAUGCGCCUGGAUAACAUGCUGAUUGCCGAGGGCGUGGCCGGUCCCGAAAAGGGCGGCGGUGGCGCUGCAGCCGCCUCAGCAGCGGCAGCCAGCCAGGGCGGUUCACUGUCUAUCGAUGGUGCCGAUAACGCAAUCGAGCAUUCGGAUUAUCGCGCCAAAUUGGCACAGAUCCGUCAGAUCUAUCACCAGGAGCUGGAGAAAUAUGAGCAGGCUUGCAAUGAGUUCACCACACACGUCAUGAACUUGCUGCGCGAGCAGAGUCGCACCAGACCCAUUACACCCAAAGAGAUUGAGCGCAUGGUGCAGAUCAUACACAAGAAAUUCAGUUCGAUUCAAAUGCAACUGAAGCAAUCGACAUGCGAGGCGGUUAUGAUCCUUCGCUCACGUUUCCUUGACGCCCGUCGCAAGCGUCGCAAUUUCAGCAAGCAGGCAUCCGAAAUCCUUAACGAGUAUUUCUAUAGUCAUCUGAGCAAUCCGUAUCCAUCCGAAGAGGCCAAGGAGGAGUUGGCGCGCAAAUGCGGCAUAACAGUUUCGCAAGUAUCGAAUUGGUUUGGCAACAAGCGCAUUCGCUACAAGAAGAACAUCGGCAAGGCCCAGGAGGAGGCCAAUCUGUAUGCGGCCAAGAAGGCAGCCGGCGCCUCGCCAUAUUCGAUGGCCGGUCCGCCAAGUGGCACCACAACGCCAAUGAUGUCGCCCGCACCGCCACAGGAUUCAAUGGGUUAUCCCAUGGGCUCCGGUGGCUAUGAUCAACAGCAGCCGUAUGACAAUAGCAUGGGCGGCUAUGAUCCCAAUUUGCAUCAGGAUCUUAGCCCUUGAGGAUAGGCUUGCCAAAGCUAACAAACAUUUGCAUAACUUUCUGUUUGUGUGUCUGUGUGUGUGUGUGUGUGUGCGUAAUCAUUAAUAGAAAUCAUUUUUUUUUUUAUGUUUUCCCCCCAAAAACUCUUCAAACAUACAUAUUACAUUAUGUAUAACAGUCGAUCGACUGUCUGUGUGUGUGUGUGUAUGUCGAGUGUGUGUGUGUGUGUGUGCGUGUGUGUGUGCAUGUAUGUAACAUACAAUCAAUUAUGUAUACGAUUAUGUCUUAAUUAGUAUUAUGUACUGAAAAUCAACUUAACGAAACUCACACACACACACACAUACACAUUGUGCCAGAGCUUUGUAAAUUCAGUUCCCACACACACACACAUACAUACGUAACAUAUACAUAUAAUAUACAUACAUAAUAAAAUACAUAAUAAAAACAAAUUUGUAUUUUUUUUUGCUAAACAAAUUGUGUAAUUUUUGGUGUUUAUUUUUUUUUUUUAACAAUAAUUAUUAUUCAUUUAGCUUUUUGUGUGUGCUUAGCUUAAGUAACUAAAGUUUUUGUAUUAUUUCUAAGCCUCCCCUUUUUCCUUCCUCGUUUGCCGCCCCCACGAAGGCCAUGAAAAUAAUAAUAUAAAAAGAAAAUUAAUGAGAAAUAUGAUUACAAACAAGAAAAAAAAAAGAAAAAACCACAAAAAAAAUAUAUAAAACGAAUCAAUUUUUUUAGCUUUUUGCGCUCUAACGUUAAUUGUGAACCUCAAAUACGUAACAAAUCACAACUAAUGAAAACUAUUAUAAAAAAAAAUAAUGAAAACGAAAACUUUCGACUUAGGCAUUAGUUUAAAUAGUUUAUAUAUUUUUUUCGUAGUCUUUAAGCCGCUAAAAACUAACUAGACGUUGGAGCAGAACGUAAACAAUUGUAUACUAAAAUUAAAUUUACAAACAACAACAACACAAUGUAUACUAAAAAUUAAAUACGAAGAAGAGCAACUCUAUAUAUAAAUAUAUAUACAAAAACAAAUACGUAUACUUCACACGAUUUGCGAUUCAAGAAAAUUUGUAUACCUUCGCUUAAGAAGAACAAGAACAAAUGUAUACUAGUACGAAACUCCCAUUUAUCAUAAAUAUAUAUAUAUACAAAAACAAAAAAGAAAAGAAAAUACCAUACCAAUUGUAUACCAGCAAACAAAACUGUUAUACGCUGCCGUAUAACAGUCGAUACGUUAACGUAAAACAGCAAAAACAACAAAGUAUUACGAAUAACAUUAACGAAAACACGGAAACGAACAACUUUUUAUUAAAUAUUUAUGGCAAAUUAAACUUAAAACAAACACACAAAAAAAUGAAAAAACAAUUUAACAAAAACAAAAGCAUGUAUACGAUGUAAAUCCAAUUUAACAA